AUGUGGAAUGCACAGCAAUGGACUUGUCGAUCAUUCAAAGUACCUGCUUUCAUCCAUGCAAAGGAUGAUGAUCGGUACUUUGCUACCAAUGAUUUUCAACAUAGCAAGCCCUUAAGACAUAUUAGUAGUACAAUUGGUCAGUUAAAAAUGGAACAAGAAUUCGUCUCGUCAUUGAAUUUCGAAUUCGAAAAUCAAUUUCGAAUUAUAUUACAUGAUAUUGGAUUCGUUGAGAAUAUUUUGGUAUCAGGCGAUCAGUCAAUGAUCGCUAUUGAAUGUAUAACUAGGGAAGUCAUACUCAAGAUGAGUGGUGGUCAAGUCCAAUCUGGUGUUGAACUUGAUCAAUCUGGUCGAUCAAUGUUUAUUCCUGGUAGUCAUCGAUUGCUUAUUUAUGAUGAACGGGAUGUAUAUGAAUAUAAUUUACAAGGCGAUAAAAUUGCUUGGCAAGAUAUCUCUCAAACAAAAUCAGUUGAUGUUGGUAGACCCCAACGUAACCCCCAAACUACCGUCAACAUAUUCGACCUGAUCGAGUUUGUAGGUAUAGAAGAUUGUAGAAAGUACAGGGAAUUAAUCAAUGGAAUACUUGAAGAAGAAUCGGCUGCUAAAGAUUUGAUUCUCUUCAGAUAUAGAAAGAAGGAUAACACACUCAUUCUCAUGAACACAUUCUCCUCAUUCAAUAGCUGGAUAAUAACUAUUAACCUUACAACCGGAAUGAAGAGCGUUGAUCGACUGACAUGGAGUCAUGAUGCUGUGUAUGUUGAUGAUGGAUAUCUUUAUGCUUGGGGAUAUGAUGAAUGCUUGAGAUGUUACAAGUUUGGGGAUGGUGAACAUCGUACGCAAUUACUGCAAAAUAUUAAGUGCCAAGAGAAGGAAGGAUUAAUCUGUAAAAUAAUGAUUAAUUAUAACCCUAAUAAGAUUAAACAUUCGCCUCUUCGGAUGAAGAAAGAAAAAUUAGUUGAUGUAUGGGAAGAGAAAGAUGCCGAAAUGAUUGCUAAUGUAUUAGCAGUGGACGAUGUUGACGAUCUUUUGCUACUACUGGAAAAUGGAGACCAUAUAGCAAUACUCAACCAAGAUGGAAAUUUAUACAUGAAAAGAUACAAAGACAAUAUCAAAUACUUCGAUAAUUUCGCAACACAAUUCUUCGACCAUGAAAAUCUAUGGUCGGACAAGCAGUUAAUCCUGUAUGAAAAUAGUUUCAAUAAUUAUAGUUUGAAUAUUUAUAACCCCCAAACACUAGAGCUACAAAUCACUCUACCAUUUCAACCACAAGAUCACUUCUUGAUAGAGGACAUGCAAUGGAAUCUUCAACACUCUCAACUCAUCAUCAAGGGUGAUAAGGAUUACUGCUUAGUAGUAACCCCAGAUGUUACUCAAUAUAGACCGGAUAGCACAUUAAAAAGGGAAAACCAGUGGAAUAAAGGAGAUAUUUCUCAAUACUUUUUGGAUGUGGCAACGAAUCUGGAAAAGGACUGGAUUGACUUAGCAUCAAAAUUAAAUGAAUCAGGAGCAAUUGAUGUCAGCCACAUUCAAGAUAUAUAUAAGAGCAAUUAUGAUCGGGCCAGUGAAUUUUUAGAGAGAUGGUCAAAUGUUAACGGUGAAGUUGCAACAAAAAAGCGAUUAAUAGGAGCAUUAAGAGCCAUAAAAAGAAAAGAUAUUGUAGAAAAAAUAGGCUCUUCAAAUUAUUCCUUAGUCGCUUACAUACUAAAAUUAUGGACCGAUUAUGAAUUGUAA